ACUCAUUCACUCCAUUUGAGAUUGAGAAGCCCUUCAAAAAUAAAAAAAAACAAUAAUAAAAGGACCAAACUGCAAAUAAAAAAAUCCAAUGGCUUCAGUAUCAAUGACCACCACCACCACAACACUCGUCUCAGUCCCACGCGCCGCCCUAAACCGUCCCAACUCCGACUCCUUCUUCAACCCUAUUCCGAUAAGAGCUUCAAACAACAACAGAUCUCAUCACCUACUUUCUCGUCGUCUCCAAGUCCAGGCCUCUUCUUCCUCUCUCAUCAAAGAAAAGGCCGCCGCAGCCCUAACCGCCGCGGCGCUGACUGCGUCGAUGGUCGUGCCGGAAGUUGCUCAGGCAGCCGGGAACGAUCUUACUCCGUCGUUGAAGAAUUUCUUGCUUAGCAUCGCUGCCGGUGGAGUUGUUGCCACUGCCAUUAUUGGAGCUGUUGUCGGUGUUUCUAACUUCGAUCCUGUUAAGAGAACCUGAGAAAUCGACGCCGCCGUCGCCGUUGACGUUGCCGUUGCCGUCGCCGACGUAUUUAAAGGUGUAUUUUGUGUUUUUUAUUAUGUAUAAUAAUACUAUUUUUGAUUAUUAAUGACACUUUAAUUUGAUUCUUUAAUUGAGUCAAGAACCAAAUUUGUUGUUUGAUUUAAUGGCACAAUUAUUUUGGGUGUUA